AUGCCGCUCGCCGCCACCCAAGAGGGAGAGGCGCCGGUGUCCAGAGCCCCCGCGCGCCGCCGCGGCCGCAGCUCCACCACAGCCGUCGCCGCUGCGCGCCGCCGCGGCCGCAGCUCCACCACGGCCUCCUCCGCAGACGCCAUGCCCGCGACGACGGCAGGGUCGAUGGCGCUGGUGCGUACGCGGCGGCAGUCCUCGGGCUCCCAAUCGGCACAGCGAAAGAAAAGGAAGAGAAGGGCGGGUUCGAACCAGAGAUCAAGCAAACGGAAGAGAACCAGCGAGGAGGAGGAGGAGGAGGAGGAGGAGGAGGUCUCAUCUGCAGGCAGCUCCCCGAUUCGCGUUCCGCACAUUCCCGAUGAGGUGUAUCGGAAAUUUGACGAUCCUGAUACAUGGAAGACCAUUCAGAAGGCACGGACGGACUACGACGCAAAAUUAGCUCGCCGCAUGACAUAUCCCACGCUUAAUGUGCACAUGAUCAGAGCUUCUAUGUGCGUGCUUGAUGAUCCAAAGCUUGUUCCAGACCAUGAAUCUGCAAGGAAGGCAGUGCUUCAUGCCGCUCAAUCUGUUGUUGGGAUUUCAUCCUCCGUAGGUGGUAAGCCGCUAGCACGUGGCUGUGGUUUCUGGAUUGAUUGGGACAGGAAGAAUAAAAUGGGCACUUUCUUGACAACUUCACGCUUGAUUUGCACCGAAUCUCCAUCCUUUAACUGCUGGUUAGGACAAGAAGAGUAUGAUCUUGAUGCCGAGGUACUUGUUCACCUGGAGGGUGACAUCACUGAAAAGGCCCACCUGCAAUAUCUGCAGAAGCACUACGAUUUAGCCUUCUUCAGUGUUAAAGUAGAUCAGCCUGUUUAUAUACCCUCUUUCAAUGAUGGUGUGAAACGGGCGAACAAAGUUUUUGAGCUUGGCAGAGAUGAAAGUUCGUUUUUAAGGAUAAGCUAUGGUGUGGUGAAAUACUUGAACCCAAACUUAUUUGAACGAUAUCAUUAUAUGUUUGUUCAGGGUGCAGAUCCACAACCUGAGUAUGGCAAUGGUGGGCCGCUGAUUGACUUUGAUGGAAAAAUUGUGGGAAUGGUUAAUGGCAACACAAGAGGGUCGUUUAUACCAUCUUCCAUUUUAGUCAAGUGCCUGCAUCUAUGGAAGAAAUUUCAGCGCAUCCCUCGGCCUCACCUUGGAAUGAAGUUUUGGUCAAUCAAGUUUAUAGACCUUGCUCUUUCUGAGAAUAUAUUGCGCAUGUGCAAUAUUGAUGAUGGCCUUAUCGUUAAAGAGGUGUCAGAAGGAUCUCCUGCUGAGAAACUUGGGAUACGAGCUGGUGAUGUCAUUAAAUGUUUUAAUGGAGAACACAUCUCUACCACUGUUGAGUUAGAGAAUAUGUUGCUGAGCAAAUGCGAGGAUGAAAGUGACAAUCUUAAUUCUGAAGUGGAUGUCGAGCUUGAGGUAUUCCAUAUACGCAAGUUUCUCUGGAGAAACAGAACAUUGACUGUAAAUGUGUCUGAUGAUGGUGAAGUUGUUGACCCAGGAGUUUGUUACUCUUUUGGAAAAGGGACCUCAGUUUCCUCCGUGUCACCAAGUGAGCCAGUUGACCAAGCAGGCCGAGAGAGACACCAUGGUUGAUACCGAGUCACCUGCUUACUGCUAAUGGUGGUUUUAGGGUGAAGGACGAGUGUGAAACCGUCCAAGUUUCUGCUAAAUGACUAAUUCAUGCUGCAUGAAUAUGAGAACUGUCAUAUGUGAGCUCUGGUGAACCUGCACGGCUGCACGUUGGGGAUAUAUCGUACUCCUUUAACCUGUCUCUCAUCUGGAAAGAAACUUGUCUCGUUUAGCAAUGCUACUAGUUAUUCGAGUGAGUGUAAUAUACGGAUCUGUCGCCCGGUUUGAGGCUUAAUUUUGUACUGUAAUACUCUUCGAAGCUGA